GGGCCGCGGUGGCCACCGAGCCCCAGGCCGACCACGCCCGCCCUGGUCCUCUGGAAAGCGCUGGCCUGGCCCUGGGUGGCUUCGGAGUCAUCCUCGAGGUCCCUGGGAGACCCAGCGCCCGGAGCACAGUGUCCACGCGGAUUAUGUCUUGUGUGUCAUCUGCUGUCACAAAAAACCAUGACUUGCCCAAUGGAGAACCUGGGUCUUGGCUUAGACGUUGAGAGCAACAACCAGCAGGCUGCGGCCACCCAGAGCCCAGGAGAAUCGCACCGCCUCAGCAUCCAGCGCUGCAUCCAAUCCCUGGUCCACGCCUGCCAGUGCCGCAACGCCAACUGCUCCCUGCCCUCCUGCCAAAAGAUGAAACGGGUCGUACAGCACACCAAGGGCUGCAAACGGAAAACCAACGGCGGGUGCCCCAUCUGCAAGCAGCUCAUUGCCCUCUGCUGUUACCACGCCAAGCACUGCCAGGAGAACAAGUGCCCUGUGCCGUUCUGCCUCAACAUCAAGCAAAAGCUCCGGCAACGGCAGCUGCAACACAGACUGCAGCAGGCCCAGAUGCUGCGCAGGAGGAUGGCCAGCAUGCAACGCACCGGUGUGGUGGGGCAGCAACAGGGCCUGCCCUCUCCAACUCCUGCCAGGGAGCAGCAGACCAGUGAUCUGUCCUGUGGCUGGGAGUGAGUUCCUCACCCUCAGAAGAGAGGAGCGCCUCUAGCUCCACUCUCCCCAUCCAUCCCUGGGGGCCGCCGGCCGCUGCCUCUGCACCUGCCAUCAGUGUGAGGACUGAGUGGACCUGAGCUGGCCUGCGCAGUCUGCCAGAAGUAUGUCUUGCGUGUUACCAGCGACCUCCCUAAACUACACGAGCACCCGAUGGAGAAACAAGGCCACGAUUAGAUGAUGAGAGCGGCAGCAAGCAGGAUGCGGCCACCCAGAGCCCAGAAGACUCUCACCGCCCGGGCAUCAGCUGCCACUUCCAUGCCUGGUCCCAAGCCUGCGAUUGUCCCAGUGCCAACUGGGCGCUACCUCUUUGUGGGAAGAUGAAGUUGCUUGGCCCACAUAUCCAGGCCUGCAGGAGGAAGGGCCAAGCCCAGCGCCCUGAAUGCCACAGGUUCUCUGCUGCUACCCUUCCAAGCCCUGCCUGAAGUUCACCUGCCCUCUGCCGUUUUGCUUAAAAAUCAAGCUAAGGCUCUUCUUCCAGCCGCAGCAGCACUGGUGGGAGGCGGGGCAUCCCGUACCCCGCUGGUGUAGAGGGGCAGCAACAGGACCUUCCCUCCCACACUGUCAAUCCUGUCACUCUAGCCACGCCACGGGGCCACACGCAGGGAGCCCGCAGGGGCCACAGCUCGGCCCUUCUGGCGCCUGACUGGUGACCCUCCAACAGCCGGCUCAGCCACCCCUUCCCGCCCCCACGCAGCUGCAGGCUCUGUUCUUGCUCUGGCUGGGCCCCCAGCCCCGUCCUUGUGUGUGUGCUCCGCUGUGCACCAGGCCAAGGCCCAGGGCUGGAGCCUUGGCUGGUCCUGACUUGCACCUCUGCUAAAUUUUCCUUUUACAUUUAAAUGUAUAAAAACACAUAACAGUUAUUAUUUA